CCCGGGGCUGAGAGCUAAGAGGAAGCGCCUGGCCCGCACUUCCCAGCCGUGCGUGGGGAGAGGCCGCCUCAGUCUUGCAUUCCGGUCCUAGGUGCGCAGCGCUCUCUUCGGCGCGCAGUCCGGUCCCCGGCGCUCUCCUCGCGUCCUUGGCCCCGGCCUGUCAGGCCCCGGUCCCCGGAUCCCUGCGCCCCGGCGCCCCUGCGCCCCAGCGGAUGUCUUGAGUCGCCACCCGCCCGCUCUGUGCCCCGGGGCCAAGGCUGCUCGGGGAAGUCGAGGCGCGCGCGCCGGGUAUGCUCCGUCAGCAUGGGCUCGUGGCUCGGCGAGGUACAGUGGCUCAUCCUGGUGUCGCUCUUCGUCGCGGCCCUGGGCACGGUGGGCCUGUAUUUGGCGCAAUGGACGCUGGCCAGGGCGCGACCCCCGCCCCGGCGGCGGGCGGAGCCGGAGGAACGGCCGCGCCGGGAGUCAGACACGCUUCUUUCCUGGAUACUGACUCUGGAUAGCUGGGGAAGCCAGUGGCAAACGGCCUGGGUGACCGCUCUGAACUAUGAGGCCGAAAGAAGAGGGGGCCCACUGCAUCUCUCGUUCCAGCAGAACCCACAGGCGAAAUCCUUGCAGCUGACAGUUGGAGAAGUCUCCAGUGUGGUCAGGUCAACCCAGGAAAAGAUGGUGAUCUGUCAUGUGGUGGGUGAGACCCUUCAGUUCUUGGUCAGUGCAAGGCCUGCCUCCACCACCAGUUCAGAAUGCCAGCUGUUUGAUGUCCGGCUUUCCCCAUUUCAUUUAAAGAUGGAAUUCCACAUGGAAGAGAAGAGAGAGGACAUUCAGAUCAGGUGGUCGUUCACCCAUGCGCCAGAAACAGCCAUCAAGAUCCAACCCCAGGCCCCAGGGGAGAAGCAGGUGCUCGAGGUAAACAUGCUUUCUGAAGCCCUUAAGGAUCUUUUCAAGCACCUAGUUGAUGCUGCCUCUCCAUCUGUGUUUCUGAGCACCAAGCCCACACGGGUCAAAGAAGCUCAGACUCUACAGUGUACUUCCUCUACUGCUCAGGAACCCUGCCCUCCCAAACCUCCAAGGGCUCAUGAACUGAAACUGCAGGUGAAGAAUAUCCGAGUCUCCCUGCUAACCCACCCUGGUGCUUCAGGGAGCAUUAGCCAUGUGUGUGUGGCCCAGCUGAAUGAUCCUGCACAGCAAUUCAUCAGCACCCUAGUGAGAAACGCUACAGACCUCACUUGGGAGGAGGAAUUCACCUUUGAACUAAACGCUAAAUCUAAGGAACUGCUCCUGCAGAUCUCAGAGAAUAAGUGUUCUUCAGAAGGUCUGUUGGGGACAACAACCAUUCACCUGGACUUAUUCAGGAAGCAGCCUAAUGGCCCACACACCUUCAGACUGGUCAGUGGAACAGAGCCCGACAGCUUGGUGUUAGGCUCAGUAACUGCAGAGUUUUCUUACAUAGAACCUGGUGAGCUGAAGUCCUGGCCCGCUCCUCCUGUUUCUGCUGCAAAGAUAGAAAAGGACCGUACAGUGAUGCCAUGUGGGACUGUGGUCACCACUGUCACUGCUGUGAAGACCAAGCCUCGCUUUGACACUGGGAAGGUGUCCCCACUGAGCUCAGAGUCCCCUGUGAAAACACCCAUCAAGGUAAAGGUCAUUGAGAAGGACAUCUCUGUCCAGGCCAUCUCAUGCCACAGCGCCCCUGUUAGCAAGACGUUCUCUUCUUCAGACACAGAACUACUGGUGCUGAAUGGCUCAGAUCCUGUGGCUGAAGUUGCCAUUCGGCAGCUCAGUGAAUCCUCAAAGCUGAAGCUCAAGUCUCCACGGAAGAAAAGCACCAUCAUCAUUUCAGGGAUCUCCAAGACCUCACUGUCUCAGGACCACAAUGCUGCUCUCAUGCUGGACUAUGCAGCUUCUAUGGACAGCACCAACCAGGGGGAUGCCCCGCCCACUCUGUGCUCGCCAGAGGCAGAUGCAGCCUAUUCUACCACUCCACCUGAAGAAGAUGAGCCAGCCCAGGCCCUACCUGCCCUCAAGCCUAGAGAGAAUGAUAUAGACUCCUGGGACCUGGAAAAGGAAUCCCCAGCAGCAACAUGGAGCAUUUCAGCCUUACAGGAACCAGAUGGGGAUGAACUGUCAGAGAGCUCCUUGAGUGCUUCCGGUCUUGGAGCCAUCAAGAAGCAUAAAGAAGGAAUGCUAAGGAAAAGCGCCAAGCUCUUCUUCCGUCGGCGACACCAGCAGAAAGACCCAGGCAUGAGCCAGUCACAUAACGAUCUGGUAUUCCUGCAACAGCCCGAGGGGAAGCUGAAGAAGGGGGCAACUCUCAGCAGGCUCUUGAACAAGAAGUUGCUUCCCAGGCACAGAGGCAAACACACCGUGAAUGAAGCAUCCAGAGAUCCCUGCACAUAGCUUGAGUCACCCCAGUCCUCAAAGCUGGAGGAUGGGACCACAAAGGCCCCCACCAGAACAGUGGAACCAGUGAAAUCAGAUUCGUGCAUUGUC